AACCAGGUACAAGCUAAUACUCAACAAUACUGAUGCCUUGUUUUUUUUGCUCUGUCCGGACCGCAAAGCUGUGGCCAAUUUAGAUAUGCUAUAAAUUUAAGAGGUUGCCAUGGCCACGGUGCGCCCAUUGGCCGCUGGGCCCCCUACGUGCCGCGCCACGUCACCAAAUCUGAAUAAGGAUGCGCGAAUUAGGCGGCGGCCAGACAAAGAUGAGGAUCGGGACCGCUUGAAAGUGGGGGAAAGUGCCGGCGCCUCAGCCACCGGGAAAAGCAGCUCCGCAGCGCGGAGACCAGCAGCCAUCCGAGACACCUGGGAGAGCCCGGAACAAGCGCCGGGGCGCGCGGCCUGUAGCAUGAGGCGGUGAAUGCCACUACCCCCUAUCCCGCUCUGGGCAGCCCGGCGCCAGGCCAGCGAUCGCCCAAGGACUUAACCGGCUGAGUCUUGGUCCGGACCAGACUCGCCCAGCUGCUGCUGAGACCAGAGGCAAAGCCCAGCGGCCAGCCCGGAAGGCCCGAGGGCCGGGGGCCCACAGGGAGGGCAAGGCGGCCGGAGCCGCCGAGGCGCGGGGCUAUGAUGGUGCACUGUGCAGGUUGCGAGCGGCCCAUUCUCGACCGCUUUCUGCUGAACGUGCUGGACCGCGCGUGGCACAUCAAAUGUGUUCAGUGCUGCGAGUGCAAAACCAACCUCUCAGAGAAGUGCUUCUCACGCGAGGGCAAGCUCUACUGCAAAAAUGACUUCUUCAGGCGGUUCGGCACCAAGUGCGCUGGCUGUGCGCAAGGCAUCUCACCCAGCGACCUGGUGCGCAAGGCCCGCAGCAAAGUCUUUCACCUCAACUGUUUCACCUGCAUGGUGUGCAACAAACAGCUAUCCACAGGCGAGGAGCUCUAUGUCAUCGAUGAGAACAAGUUUGUGUGCAAAGACGACUACCUGAGCUCGUCCAGUCUCAAGGAGGGCAGCCUCAAUUCAGUGUCAUCCUGUACGGACCGCAGUUUGUCCCCGGACCUCCAGGACCCACUGCAGGACGACCCCAAGGAGACUGACAACUCGACCUCGUCGGACAAGGAGACAGCAAACAACGAGAACGAGGAGCAAAACUCGGGCACCAAGCGGCGCGGCCCGCGCACCACCAUCAAAGCCAAGCAGCUAGAGACUCUCAAGGCCGCCUUUGCCGCUACGCCCAAGCCCACGCGCCACAUCCGAGAGCAACUGGCGCAGGAGACCGGCCUCAACAUGCGAGUCAUCCAGGUGUGGUUUCAGAACCGAAGGUCCAAAGAACGCCGGAUGAAGCAGCUGAGCGCUCUGGGCGCCCGAAGACACGCCUUCUUCCGGAGUCCGCGGCGCAUGCGUCCGCUGGGCGGCCGCUUGGACGAGUCUGAGAUGUUGGGGUCUACCCCGUACACCUACUACGGAGACUACCAAGGCGACUACUACGCUCCAGGAGGCAACUACGACUUCUUCGCGCACGGCCCGCCGUCGCAGGCGCAGUCGCCAGCUGACUCCAGCUUCCUUGCUGCCUCCGGGGCCGGCUCAACGCCGCUGGGUGCGCUGGAGCCGCCGCUCGCAGGCCCGCACGCGGCCGACAACCCCAGGUUCACCGACAUGAUCUCGCACCCGGACACGCCGAGCCCCGAGCCGGGCCUGCCUGGCGCGCUGCACCCCAUGCCUGGAGAGGUGUUCAGCGGCGGGCCCAGCCCGCCUUUCCCCUUGAGCAGCACCAGCGGCUACAGCGGACCCCUGUCGCAUCCCAACCCGGAGCUCAACGAGGCGGCAGUGUGGUAAGGCCACCAGGCCGCCCGGACCCCCACGCUGGGCCCUCCCACCGGGGCGCCGCAGGGAUCAAGCCUCCCGAAACCAAAACUCCCCUCCCCGAAGCUACGCGGCACAGUGGGAGACAUGGGUCUCCCUCGGGGGUUCUCUCUUGGGUCCGCACUCAACCAGGCAGCUGCUUCUCGUCUGGGGGCCUCUUCCCCUGCCUCCACCCCCAGCUCUCCCGGAGCCCCAGCCCUCCGCCAGCGCUCUCUAGGCAGCCAAGCGCAAUUUCUUGGGACCAAAGUCAAUACUUCAUACUCCGGAGGGUAGAGAGAUGGCAAGUGCGCUCCUCCCUGCCCCCCACCCACCGCCUCUUUGGACUAGGAGAGGUGAGGCCACGGGCAGCGACGGUGUUUUUUCUCCGUCUCUACAAUCCGAGUUGCAUUUUGUAAUCUUAUUUCUCGCUCUGCUUUACCCAUCUUAAAAAAAAAAAGAUAAGAGAGAUGGAAAGGGAGAGAGAAGAAAGAGAGCAAGAUGAGAAAGAGAGAGAGAUGGGGAAAGCAUCAGCCAGAGAGAGAUGAUGGAGCGAGAAACGCGCUGGAACCGGGGCGUCACCGGGAAGACAAAUCCACCUGCGAGCUGGCGCCCCCUGGUGGCCGAUGUCAAGGCUUACGGUCAGCUUUUCUAGGAAGCCGGGCGGUCGGACUUCGCAGCCCUGGCUGGCUCCCCUCUUCCUUACUUUGUCGGUUAUUUUGAGCUCGACGGUGCAGGCUGGACUCAACACCCGCACAUCCCGUUCCCUCCCGGGGCGAGGCGCCAAGGCUGCUGGGAUCUGACCCACAGACCACCCUCCCUGCCCGGGGCCUGGAGGUUGGGCUGUCAGGAUUAUACUUUUUUGGAAGUUGAACGCUUCUAGUUUCCUUAUUUUGUAUAAAGAAGAAACAAAUAAAGUAUGUUUUUGUGUUUACUGUUUAUUUAUUGUACUCUAGUUAUCUGGGGUUGGACAUUUUUAUAUUUUUAAGAGGAGGGUGGGCAGAGUGAGGGAGGGAAGGCAGAAAGAGGUUUACCUAAAAAAAAAAAAAUCCCAAAAAAAUCAACUUUUUUAAAAAGAAAGAUUAAUAAAAAAAAUCUUUUUUCCCUCAGUGCUGUGUGGUUUUCUGCUUUGUCCCUACUUUGACAGUCAAGCAGAGUGAAUGGAACUAUCCUUUUCUCUUUUCUCUUAGGCUCUGACAUUAAACAGACUUGAUAAAUGCAAAGGCCUCUCUUCACCCAAAAAGGGAGAGCUCCUUUGGUGACUACCAGGUUCAUGAACGUGGCACCAUAUUUUGGCAGCUACUGUAUGCUGGGCUCAGAAUCGCUCAUGCUUCGUGUGAUGCCCUAAGACAAGCUAGUGCAUACUACAGUAGGUCUUCAGAAUGUUUGAUGAAUGAAUGGAUAUGUGAUUUGUUUGUCUCCAGGACAU